AUAGUUUUGUAUAAAUAUAAAGAGUAAAACCUGUCUUUUGUUAAUUCAUGUUGACAAAAAUUCCCACAACUGGCGUGUCUACAGAAGAGGUCAUCAGAUUCUUAGCGUCUUGUUUUCCAGAUAGCCCUCGGUGUCCUGGGCCUGCUAGCACAACUGGAAAUUUAGGUUGGAAGCAUGGCGUGCGGAUGUUUGGCUACUACUAGUAACAGAAUUCAAGGGACCAUUAGUUUUAGGUUUGAUGAUACUUAGAAUAAGGAACUGUGGAAGAGCCAAAUAUAUUCCUUUCUAGUGCCUGAAAAAUCGUACCUUUUUGGUCUAACGUGCCCUUUUUGCCGACUCUGAUGAGUAUGCCUAUGUUUUUGUUUUUCUUAAAAAUCAAGAGUUUGUUUAACUCCGAAUGAGGGCGAAUGCAUAGAAGUUUGGUUCUCCCCUGUGUAGGAAUACCCUAUGGAUCUUCAGCGUUUGUAACUUCACUUUACAUCAAUAUCAACGUACCUUAGUAGGGCAAUUAUUUUAUUUGCCUUGAUAGCUACAAGUUGUGCAGCAAUGGACAGUAUUUAUGGAGCUGUUAUGAAUAUAAUUUCACACAAAAAUGAUAGGUGUCUUGGUCUGAGACCUACUAAUUUAUUUUGAUUCUCCUGAAUAGCUUCUCAGUCCAAAGUUUAGUGGAUCAUUUUUUUGAUUGGGGGGGAAAAAAAAAAAAGGCUUGCAGAAAAGCACGUUGAAUGCCAUAAUGUUUCCAACAGCCCUGUAAAUUAUGUAUCAACUGUUGCUAGCACAUACAAACAAAGUAUGACAUCUGUGGCCUUUUACAUUUUUUAUCAUCAGUUGUGCUGUUUUAACAGUGACUUUGCAUCAGAAAGUUCUUAUUACGUCGACGGUUUGUUUAAAUAAGAUAGCUUGUUUUUCUUCCUGUUUGCUAAACAAAUAUUAAUUUGCUGGGGAUGCUGCCUCCAAUCUAUAUCCUUGAUUGCGACCUGACUCUUUGAAGUCUGUUUUAUAGAAGCUCACAGUAGUGCACUUUGGGACCAGAUUAGUUGUGGGGGAGAAAUCCUGCUGCUGGAGUAAUAAUCUGACAAAAGAAUAUUUUUCUUGUGUUUUCAAGGGCCUUUUCUUGCUAGCUCACCGCACUAGUGUCAAGUUCUUUAACAGAAAGACACAGCUGAGACUUUGAAGCCUGUGUUUGAGGUUCCUCUUUAAAUAAGAUUUACUUGAAACUUGUUACUGCUUGGAGACUGAUACUUUGAGGUUGGUGAUGCAGCCAAGGAGGGACAGUAAUUCUGAGGUUUUCCCUUUUCAGAGUUCUAUGAGCCUUUAUGGUCUUGAGGGUAAUUGUUAGCUCCUGACGGACACUUACUGCUGCUUUAUUUAGGUGAGGAAGAGAUAGCGCAAGGAAAGGAUUUGGCAUGGGGUGGGGGGUUGGUUAAAAUCUAUCACUUCCUGGUUUAUUUUGGAAUGCAGUUCUGAUACGUUUACUGUCGUAGAAGUGAUAUAUUGGAAACUGAUAAUAGACUUUGCGAAAAAAACUGUUACACCUGAUAUAUGGAGAGAGAUGCAUCAGGAGCCUGAAGACUGCUUAGUCUUAUGUAUGAUGACCACUAAUUGAGUAUUCAAAGACAAAAUACACUAAGGUAAUUUUAGUUCAUCUUUCAUAUAUCUCAUGCUCACGUGGUUAUGAGCAAAAAAGGGUUGUCGUUGCUGUAAAUGAUAACCAGUGUGUAUAUACUACAUUCCAACUUUCUGAUGCUCCCUGCACCCUCCCCCACCCCCCAAAAAUUAAAAAUAUAAGAAUGCUCCUACAAAAUAACUUUAGUAUCUGUUCCACCUGAUGGAAAAUUGGAUAAGCUGUAACUUGCUAGUAAAACAAAGUUGAUCUAUUUUUUUCCCAAGUGUAAUCUCCUUGGUUGUCAGACUCUGACAGCACUAAAACAUUGGAGUAAAACCCAAUGGAAUUAAUUGACUGCAUAUAGUUGGAUAGUUUUCAUGGCGUGUUCUGUUCUCAAAAAAUGGCUCAUGCAGUUUCAUUUUGUGGUUAGCUGUUAUGCUUUUGGUGUGGGGGACAAAUAUAUAUCAGUUUGCUAUCAGAAGAGAAAUCUGUAUUGGAAACUAACUACAGCCUUUUUCCUUCUUCUUUCCUUCUAGUAUUGGAUGAAUGAAUAUACUUCUUCCCUUGGAAUCGGAGUAUUCCAUUCAGGUAUAGAGGUGUAUGGCCGAGAAUUUGCUUAUGGUGGUCAUCCUUACCCUUUUUCUGGAAUAUUUGAAAUUUCACCAGGAAAUGCUUCUGAGCUAGGAGAAACAUUUAAAUUUAAAGAGGCUGUGGUUCUAGGCAGUACUGACUUCAUGGAAGAUGACAUAGAAAAAAUAGUUGAAGAACUUGGAAAAGAAUUCAAAGGAAAUGCUUAUCACCUAAUGCACAAAAACUGCAAUCACUUUUCAUCAGCUCUAUCUGAGAUUCUGUGUGGAAAAGAGAUUCCACGAUGGGUGAAUCGUCUUGCGUACUUCAGCUCUUGUAUACCAUUUCUCCAGAGCUGUCUGCCAAAGGAAUGGCUGACUCCUGCAGCGCUCCAGUCUAGUGUUAGCCAGGAGCUACACGAUGAGCUGGAGGAAGCUGAGGAUGCAGCAGCAUCAGCUUCCUUGGCAAGCUCAGCAUCUGGGUCUAGAACUGGACGCCACACCAAAUUAUAAGUCCUCCUCCAAAGUAACAAACGAUUUGAAACACUUCAGUUUAAUCUCUCCGGCAAUUGACUUCCUGACAGAACAUGAGAGCUGACUCUAGAACGUUGUCUUUGUAUGCAAAAAUGGCUCUCAUCCACCUGUGUUUCAGCUCAGGAUUAUUUAUGUAGUGAAAAGAGUUGCUGGGAGAAAAGGGAAGGAUUUUGUGUGAAGCCACCCUUUUCAUUUUCACCUGUUUGGUAGACCUGGGUUAACUAAACAUCUUGUAUAAAGCAGAGCUUAAAUUAUUUGUUUACAGUAUUGUGUACUGCUGUUUACAAGUCCUGUAAGGACUCCUGCCACCAUGAAAGAAGAGAGAAUACAAGUUUGAUUAACUGCUGGUGUAACUCAGAGGCAAUGAUACUAUGUCCCGGAUGAUCUCUUCCCUUUGUUUUAAAGAUUCAAGGCAGGUGACCUUUAGAUUUCUGAAAAAUGCCAGAAACUGCUGAAUACUAUAUAUGUGAACAGGGUACUGUGCACUUAAAGUGGCUGAUGUAAACAGGUAGAUUCCAGGAUGUAGGGAGACUGAUUUUUGUCUAAGAUCUGUUACUAGGAGUAUGACCUCUACAUUAAUGAAACUAUGGGUUUUUGCACAUAUGAAGGGAAAUCUCAUUGCAAUGCACAUUAAUCCCUAGCAUUUUUUUUUUUAACUCAGCCGUGCGGUUUUCUUGUUUUCGAUGGGGCAUCCUAUUUUGUUUCUGUAUUUACAGUCUACUUCAACUACCACAGAAUUCUGUGAUUCUAAACUAUGAUUUAGACACGUGAACAUCACCUGUUACAAGCAUCAGCAAAUUUUGCUGUUUGUUUUACUUGAUUUAAAAUUUGUGUUUGAAAGUUAGUACUUGGGGGGGAAGCGUAUUUUGCAGGGGCAGACGGGGUUUUGUUUUGUUUUUUGAUGUAGUUUGAACUAGUGUAAAACCCAAGCCAUUUAUGGUUGGGGAAUGGCAUUGCUUUCUGUUGCUGAUUAUGCUUCAUUUGAGUUUGUAAACAUUUAUAGCUCAAAAAACAGGACACGAGUUACUGACCAGUUGUGCGUACCCACAGAAAUUAUAGAGAAAUCCUAAUUUAUUUCCCCACUGUCUCUAUCUGUGGCAUUAACUUUCUUGCCAGAUGUAAUGCAGAAAAACCUGAAAAUUGCUUAGGCACCUGUGUGUUUACACAGCAGAACCCACUAAUCUGCACACAUAAUUAUAUCUGAAGGUAAGAUGUUAUUUUGUAAAACACAGGAAGUAUGUUUGGUGGGUUAUAAUUAGAGCUAAAUCAUAAUUAGUGAUCCGAAACGGUAAUGGAAUGCCUUAUUCUUGUUCACUCAUCAAGAGAAUUAAUGGUUCUUCCAGUCAUUAGUGUGAAUUAGUGAGUUUCUAUUGUGCAUACAAGGAUACGGUAGCACAAACGUGAGUGAGGCGAGCUUGUGGGUUUUUUUUAAGACUUGCUGCCUUAAACUGUAACAAAAACCCCACCAUCUGUAAACUGAUCAGCGCACAAAGAAGUGUGCAUUACUAGAAGUAUAAAUGAUUCUUAGGAGCUUCAUUUUUAAUGUUUCUGGGUUCAAUAUUUUUUUUCCAUUGAAUGAAAUGCUAACGUUACAGUUUCUGCUAUUUAAAAGGAAAAAAGUGCUCUUGGGAGGCAAGAAUGCUUAACGUUACAAAUGCUCCUAGCCUUGGGUAGUCAGUGCCAUUGAACCCUCAAAAAGGUGCAUUAGACUACAUUCUAGUAAGAAUGCUUAUGAUGGCCAUCUCCAAUUCACGUUAGAAAUGGGCAGAAGCUUUUCUGCUAGCAGUUGGGUUGAAUCCUUUGUAAAACUGUCUAAGCUUUCACUCAUCUUCUGUGAUGCAGUGCAGUGACAGGAGGAGAGAAAAAUCAAGUGAGACUCUAGGAAGAGGGGGAUAAUAGUAAAAGUCUCUUUAACUGUAGUUUGGUAUGUGCGUAAUAAUCGUUUCCCACUUAGUGAAAGAGAUCAAGACUGACAGGUCUACCGCUAACUACAGUAUCUGUUUGAUCUCCGGAAGGUGGACAUACUGACUCUUCGAGUUGAUUUUCCCCCCCCGCCCCACCCCACCUUCACUUGAAUCUCUGAAUGUGAGUUCUCCCUUUCUUUUUUUUCCUGUAGUGAAAAUGAAUAAUGUGGUCUCCAGACGACUCUCAAGCGUUAUUACAGAAUUAAAUAUCACACUACUUACAGCUAAGGCAACAGGGCCAUGCGUGGAUUAUUUUGUCUCUGCUGUGCAGUUGUGGUAGAAACAUGACUAAGUCUCUCAGCCAAGGCAGGUCCUUUAUUUCAGCUCAGGGUUGAGGCCACUGAUCUAGCAAUGUACUGUAGCUUUUCCUAGGUUUUAGGAAGAAUAAAUAGAAUGAAUUUUCAUUGCUACCUAACUUUUGUGUACCAAAAUCAGCUUUUUAGGCUUCUAAUAUAUCCAGAGCGCUAGGUCACCAAUCUCUACACUUUCAUUAACACACACAACUGCAGCAUGUACAAUGCAAGAAACGGUGACAGAUCACAGCACAGUUUUUAUUUAGAAGUAAAACUAAGACUAUUUUUUAUAAAGCAGACUGGAAAGUUUGUAACAAAAAUGCUCGUUUUAUUGGUAGUUGUACAGGUGAAAAUGCUGUCCUAUGCUUUUUUUUGUUUGUUUUAAAACCAUGCAUUUGUAAAUCGUGUGAAGAAACUGACACCUGAACCCUGGAGGCUGUUCAGUAUUGGAUCAAAGCGAGCAGUACUGUAACUUCCAUCAUGUAUUGUAAACUCAGCCUCCACCGGAUGCCUGAAAGAAGUCACCCUGCCAGUGGUUACUCCUAUUUGUUAGCAAUAGAGCAAGUUACCUUUCACCAGCAUUACUGCCAAGCAGGGAUUACUUUAGUCUACUAAUGACCGCACUGUGCUAGGACUAGAACACUCCAAAUGCUGUGAGAAAGCUGGACACCUGUGGAGUCUUUCCAUCAAAACGGGUAGAAAAAUAAUUCACUACUUCAGGGUUCUGCUCUGUUUACUUUCUCAUUCUUGUUUAAUUUUCUGUAAGAUAGACUUUUGAUACGUAUUAUAUUCUUUGACUCGAAGUCAUUUUCUUCAAAUGCCAUUUUCUGUUCAGCAAGCCAAAAAAAAAAAAAAAAUCCAAUGUACUGUCAGUGUGCACCAGUAACUUCAGAGUGGCUUGGUAAAAAUACAGUUGGAUUACUUCUAAAACUUGCAAUGCAAUUCUGAUCACUAUUGAUACAUAAUAAUUUUCACUGUUGGAACUUGAUUACAAGCUGACUAUUCACUGACGCAAUUUUUGUAAACUUGUAUUCAAGUUUACUGUACUUCAUAGUAUUUGUAUAAAAUUCAAAGAAUUUUGACUUUUGUUACCUGUACAUGGCAACAAGUUGUCUAUCAUCUAAAAUCCAUCAUUUAUUAAAAAUACUUUUAUAAAAAAA